AUGAAUUUGAAGGACCUGGACCUAUACUUUGAAAUCUUUAAAACUGUUCUUUCGUUCAUCACUCGUCUAACGGUUCAGAAAGGACAGGCGAUUGUUCACCGUCACACCUACCGCCUUAUAUCUGAUCCGCGCAAUGUAAUCGUCGUCGGAGGGUCAUUCGCAGGUGCCCUUUUAGCCCAACGCUUAUGCCACACAGUACCCUCUGGUUAUCGCGUAAUCCUUAUCGAAAAGCAUUCCCACUUCAAUCAUGCCUUCGGCUUUCCUCGUAACGCCGUCUUCUCCGGACGAGAGCACCACGCCUUCAUUUCGUAUGACAAUCUUGCUAAGGGAGCACCUGAUGGUAUUUUCCAGCAGGUUCGCGACGAAGUUACUGAUGUGACUGAGUCACAUGUCAACACCGCUGGUGGCGUUUCGCUGCCGUAUGAGUACCUCAUUAUCGCGACAGGUGCAGCCCAGCCACCCCCAGGACGUCUGAUUGCCGACACCAAAGAAGACGGGAUCAAAGAGCUCAAAGGAUAUCAACAGCGUAUUGAGAAGGCCGACAGAGUCGCAGUCAUUGGAGGAGGAGCUGUCGGUGUUGAGCUGGUCACUGAGAUCAAAGAGAGAUACCCUGACAAACAGGUCACGCUCAUCCACUCUAGAGAACACCUGUUGCCCAGGUUUGGCCCCAAGCUCCACGAACGCGUUCUGGAGACGCUCCAGAAGCAGGAAAUUGAGGUCCUGUUGGGUGAAAGACCUGCUUAUCCCAGUGAUGCCGGUCAACUUGUACAAGAAACCAGUCUGAAAGUGGCCACUGGGGAGACAAGAACCUGGGACUUGGUGAUUCCUUGCACAGGCCUUCGCCCGCGAUCCGAGCUUCUAUCUGAAUACUCACCCAAGAGUAUUGCACCCAACGGAGAGAUACUUGUUGGACCGACUCUCCAAGUUCAACAUCUACCCUCUGACAAAAAGAACAUCUUUGGUCUCGGCGACGUGGCACAAUCUGGUGGUCCGAAGCAAGCUCGAGCUGGCCUUAUGCAAGCUGAGGUUGUCAUCAGUAACCUUCUUCAGUUAAUGAAAGGUGGCACAGCCAAGGAUAAAUACGUUCCCCAUUUCUUCGAGAAUACACUCAACCUGACCUUGGGAAAGGAACAUGCUGUGAUGUGGAUGCAGAAGGGUGAUUACGAGUGGAUCAAGGAGACUAAGGGACCUGAUGAGGACUUGAAUGCCAGGCAAACGAGAUGGCAGCUGAAUGCCAAGAUUGAAGAGGACACAGGAAACAAAGGUUCACAUUGA